AACCUCGUCUUUCAUGCACCGUUUAAUUUGCGCGUCCGAACGGUAAAACGCGAAAGCGGCACACCAAGAUUUUUUUUCUGGAGAGAGAAAGGCUUGAGGAUUUGAGGAGAGCAGAGAGCAGUACAUUGCUUCCCGCCUUUCCAUGCCCUCCCACAAUCCUCAUUUAUUCCAUGCGUGCAAGCUAUCAUCUUCAUCAUCAUCAUCCCUUCAACCCUUAAUCCUCUCUUUCUCUCUCUAACUUCAACCUCUCCACCACCACAAACCUCCUCUUGGCUCUUAUCGUUUUCGAUUCUCUUCAAGCUUUCCUCCGAUUUAUAAUCACACCUCUCUCUCUCUUUCUUUCUGCAUUUUACGACCAGGUCUGCUGAUUUUCGCAGAGCUUUUUGGAUCCAAUCCGACGUUGAAGCUUGCUUACUCAUGGGGAACACUCACGCCAGGACUCCGCCGGACCCGCCCCAUGCGUCGGAGCUGAGCGCCUAUGAGGCGGCCUGCCUGGCGGACCCCGACCUCCGGUCCUUCGACUCCAACCUGCAGGCCCGGACCAGCCAUGCGAUCGGGGCGCUCGCCGCCGGCGUCGAGGUCCGGGCGCUCUCCUUCGACUCGCUCAGGGAGGUCACCGGGUGCCUCAUGGAGAUGAACCAGGAGGUGGUCCGGGUCAUCCUGGACUGCAAGCAGGACAUCUGGCGGACUCAAGAGCUGUUCGAGCUCGUGGAGGAAUACUUCGAGAACAGCCUCCAGACCCUCGACUUCCUCUCCGCCCUGGAUAAGUGCCUCAAGCACGCCCGCGACAGCCAGCUGCUCAUCCACGUCGCGCUGCAGCAGUUCGAGGAAGAGGACCGCCAGGGCGGAGGGGCAGACAAGUACGCCAGGACCCUGGAGGAGCUGAGGAACUUCAAGGCUGCCGGUGACCCGUUCACGGAGGAGUUCUUCCGCAUCUUCCAGGCCGUCUACCGGAACCAGAUCACCAUGCUCGAGAAGCUGCAGCUCCGGAAGAGCAAGCUCGACAAGAAGCUCAAAUCCAUCCACGCCUGGAGGAAAGUCUCGAGCAUGAUCUUCGCCGCGACUUUUGCCGCCAUCCUGAUUUGUUCUGUUGUCGCGGCCGCAGUGGCUGCGCCGCCGGUUGCGGCGGCUCUUGCGGCAGCAACCUCUGUUCCUGUCGGCUCCAUGGGGAAAUGGAUUGACUCGCUGCUGAAGAACUACGAGAGCGCAGUGAAGGGGCAGAAGGAGGCCGUCGUCUCGAUGAAGGUGGGGACGGGCUUGGCCAUCAGGGACUUGGAGAACAUCCGAGUGCUGGUCGACCGGUUGGAGAUCGAAAUCCAGUCAAUGCUUCAGAAUGCCGGGCUUGCGGUCGAGGAAGGCUCGGUGAAGAUUAGGGUGGAGGAGAUCAAGAAGAAGCUGAGCGCGUUCAUGAAGAACAUCGACAAAUUGGGGGUUCAGGCCGACAACUGCAGCCGCGACAUACGGCGGGCAAGGACGGUGGUGCUUCAGAGGAUCAUAAAGAAUUCCAACCAGUGAAGGCAAGGAGCGGCGCUUCUUGUAAUUUCUUUUGGUCAUGAAUUGGAGAUAGAAAGAUUGAUAAGUCAAGAGGACAAGCUCCAAAUAAAUAAAUUUCUGCAAAUGAUCAGACUAAUUUGUUAUUCAUCCUGUUUCAAUGUAGACCAGACUAAUGCCCUA